ACCGUCGUCGUGAGCGCAGAGCGAGUCACUAGCGAGUGUAGGCGAGUGAUGCGCCGUCCAGGAAAACAUGGCGUAAAGUGAGUGCGUUGCACAUGUGUCAGUGAUUUCGGUAAGAGGUUGGAUCAGUUGAUUAGGAAUAAGCUUUCUAUUUAAAUAUACAUCGAUAGUCCAGUAAAAAAUAUAGAUCAUGGUUUGCAAAGCUGGUGAAAAGUCUCAAGGAUGCGUUUGUGUCGUUCAGUUUAAUAUGCCUUUUGAUGCUAACAAACUUUGCCAUAAACUUUGUACCACCGACAAAUUUCCCUUAUAUGUAUCUACACCCGUGAAGGAGCUUUACAACUAUAUCGAAGAACAGUAUCACAUGCAACCGGACAGCUUUAAGUUGCUCCUACGCACAUCGUCAUGCACACUGAUUGAUUUGUCUAAUUUGAAAGAGAAAACGGCGGAACAGAUUGGAGUGGAUUUCUCCGUUAAUCCGAGUUUACCGAAAAAUACUCUGUUCGUCGUUGAUCCAACACAACCCUUUCUCAUUGACCUAACAUCGAAAAACAUGGAUUGUCAAUUGCCAACGUUCACGAGCGCGCCGUCCCUUCAGCCACGAUGGACUGAGGAGAAUAUCGUUAGGGAAGACGUUAGAGAGGAUGUUAGGGAUGGUAGAGAAGAAGUUAAUUUCAGAAGUUUUAUUAAAACUGAAACAAGCUACGUCGGUUUAGUCAAUCAAGCAAUGACUUGUUACUUGAACAGCCUUCUCCAAGCUUUGUACAUGACACCAGAAUUUCGUAAUGCGCUUUACAAUUGGGAAUAUGUGGAUGGUUCAGAAAAGGAUGAAGCUUUGAGCAUACCAUAUCAAUUACAGAAGUUGUUUCUCAAUUUACAGACGUCCACAAGAUCCGCAGUGGAAACGACGUCCUUAACGAAAAGUUUUGGAUGGGAUUCUACCGAAGCAUGGCAACAGCACGAUAUUCAGGAGCUUUGUAGAGUUAUGUUCGAUGCACUGGAACAGAAAUUCAAAAAUACAGAACAAUCGGAUUUAAUCAACAGACUUUACGAAGGAAAGAUGAUCGAUUAUGUCAAGUGUCUUGAGUGUGGAACAGAGAAAUCAAGAGAAGAUACGUUUCUUGAUAUCCCAUUACCAGUUAGGCCGUUUGGAAGCAAUGUUGCGUAUAACAGCGUGGAAGAAGCAAUUAGAGCGUUUGUCCAAUACGAAACAUUAGAGGGAACUAAUCAAUAUCAUUGUGAAAAGUGCAAUAAAAAAUGUGAUGCGCAUAAAGGCUUGAAGUUUACGAAAUUUCCAUAUUUAUUAACUUUACAUCUCAAGCGGUUUGACUUUGAUUACAAAACCUUUCACAGAAUCAAGCUCAACGAUAAAGUCACGUUUCCGGACAUAUUAAAUUUAAAUUCUUUCAUUUCGUCCACAACGAGUCAAGAAUCUCCAGGUGGUGAGGAAGACAUUGGCUUAGGUAUCAAAUGCGACGAUAGUUCCACGACAGAUAGCGGUACUUUAGAUGACGAUUGUGCACCGUGUGACAACAGCCUUUCCAACAGUAAUCAUUCAGCCAGUCAUGAUCAAGACGAUGAUGAAGGUAUCGAUAUGAGCAACGGGCCGUCCACGUCGAGUUGUACCACGCAUAAUCACGAGAAUGAAAAGAACCGCGGUACUUAUAUGUUGGGAAAAGGUCCAUACAUGUAUGAACUGUUCUCGAUCAUGAUUCAUAGCGGCAGCGCGAGCGGAGGUCAUUAUUAUGCUUAUAUAAAAGAUUUCAGGACACAAGAAUGGUUAUGUUUUAAUGACCAAAGCGUAACUCAGAUAACUCACGACGAUAUUCAGAAGACAUAUGGCGGUGGACCUUCGAGGGCGUAUUAUAGCGGUGCAUAUAGCAGUAGCACGAAUGCGUAUAUGCUUAUGUAUAGGCAAAUCGAUCGUGCUCGUAAUAUUCUGCCUAUGCAAACCCAAGAUUUUCCACGACAUAUUCAGGAACUAUUGAAAAAAAUGAAGGAAAGUGAAGAUAACGAUAGAAAAAAUCGUGAGAAGCAAAUGUCUAUACCUAGAUUGAAGGUAUACUGUCACCAUCCAGUAGAAGGGAAAUUGAUGAAUGUCAAAUUAUAUGUCAUGCCUGAUAUUUCUUGGGCCGAAGCAACAGAGAAGGCAUAUAAGAAAUUUGGUCUUGAAAAUGUAGUGAGCCUGGAUCAGUGUCGUUUAGUUAGUUAUGAGCAUAAUACUGAUUUAAUAGAAUGUAGUUACGAUGAUCGAGAGCAUGAACCUGUUGGGAAUAUAUGGCGUUUUUCCCGUCGAUUCGAUUUAUUACUAGAAAUUCGUCGUAAAGAUCAAAAGUUUGAGACGUAUUUACCAGGUGGAGUUGCAACAAAAGUAUUUGUCAUAGACGUAACUCGAGAGGAGGUAAUUGACGGUCCGAUCGAUAUCCGAGGUUUAUUGUCGCAAAGUGUUAAAGAAUAUAAACAAACCGUAGGAAGAAUUAUUAAUAUGGAUCCUAAGCAAAUGAAAGUAAUAUUGCGAAAAUAUCCGGAAACUAGACCAGUGGAAAACGAUGAUAGCGAUCUUCAGGCUGAAGGAUUUUAUAACGCGAAUAAAAUAUUCAUAUCAACGAUGUAUGAUAUAGAUAAUAACAAACCUUUUCAAGAAUCAACAGUAUACAGGAUUAUAGAGAAUUUUAGACAUGUUAUCUCUCUGCAUGUCCAGUUACCAGAUACCAGUAAAGAAACAUUGGAGGAAUUGAAUAUCCCAUUGUUAGACGAAUACGAAGAGAAGGAAAAGUCUGUUACCAGCGGUCCAUCUAAACUCGGCGUUACCGAAUCGCAUUGGGAUGCCAAUUUGAAGUACAAUGAAACCUCGAAAGGUUGUACGCGAACUAACGAGGAUACCACCGUGCGGAAUAUAAGUCCUCAGUUGGGGGAAGCUGAGGAAUGGAACACUCCUGAGCAGAGUAACAGUGAAGAUAGUAGCCUUAGUGAUAGUGAUAAAACGUUGGUCGGCGAUGCACCGGAGGGUGCCGAUAUUGAACCGCAAUCGUGGCAUAAGCACAACUUUAGGAACUAUAAGAUUUCAAAGCAAUUCGAAAUAGAAAACUGGGAUAUCGACGACGACUCCGAUUACUACUUUAGAGCUACACCGUAUACAGACAGUACUCAACAAAAACUACUUAAAGUAUUAGUGGAUAAAAGAAUGAGAUUGAGCACCUUGAAGAAAGAUUUAGAACCAUUUGUGGGUGUACCUGUGGAAUAUUUCAAAGUUUUUCGUCUGUCAAAUUCUGGUGACUCGGAAUGCAGUUGUUUGACGGAACAGCUUAAUUCGUAUGAGGAUGGUGAGAGACUUAGUGUGAAACUCGGGCGAGCUCUACGUAACGGAGAAUUCAAAGUAAAAUUGUAUCAACUAUUAAUCGACUCCACUGAGCCUUACAAAUUUUUAUGCGAAUGGAUUGUCUCGAAAGACAUGACAGUCGGACAUGCAAAGAAAGAGAUAUUGGCAGAAAUAAAGAGAAAAUAUGAUAUAGAUAUACCGUAUGAAAAAUGCCGGCUUAGGAAAAAGUAUUACAAAACAGCUUCAAAAGUAUUUCUAAACGAGCAGAAGUUCGACGAUCUCCGAUUUCAUUCGCAAUUUGAGAUGAUUGUUCAAGAAUUACCAGAUAAAGAGCCAGUUACAGACACUAAUCAGAUUGUCUUGUUCGUCAAAAGGUGGCUGCCAGCAAAAUUGCAAUUGGGACAAUUCCAAGAAAUUGUUAUGGAUAACAGAACUGUCGAAGAACUGAAAAAGAAGCUUUCCUCAAUAUCGGAUAUUCCGGAGGAGCAUAUAGAUAUAGCAAAGGGAAAAGGUAGCUUUCCAUGCGACAACUCUGUGCUUAGAAUUCAAAACGAGCUUGACUGGAACGAACAUCACGAUAAUUUAUCUUUCAAUUUUGAAGAUGGUGCCGUCUUCUUGUACAGGGACAAUAGAGAAAAACCAAAACAAUUAAAUGCUGAUGAGGUAAUGGAGAUCGCUUUUAAGGAAAAUUCACGCUUAACGCCGCUUUCUACAACUUCGAGUUACAGUCCACGUCGGGAGAGAGCACUUAAAAUAUAUUUGGAUACCGAAUGAUCGUCUAUCGAGAGAGAGCAGCGUUCUCCUAAAAAAAAUGAGUCGCUAAAUAGACAGAUGUGCGAACACAAAAUAUUUACACUUAAAUUUACGCAUAAAUUGGUUGCAUGUUGGGUAUUUGCAAAAUUAAUAUUUCCUCAAAUGCCAAAUGUUUUGUGUUCCAGUGAGUCUUCAGCAUUUCAAAGCUUCCGCGUUUCUAAAAGUUUUCGGCUUUUUCUUGAAACCAUUGGAUUUUUGAAAGUGUUUGAAUUCGUGAAUUGUUAUAUAGUAACACAUAACUCGGAGUCUCGGUAUUCAUACCUGAUUUCGAGAUUUUUAGAAUUUAUAUGAAGUGUAUAAAAUAUGUCCGCGAUAUCACCUGGUCUGUUGAAUCAGUUUUUCCAUCUAUAGAAUCAAACUAAGCAGCACGAUUAAGAUCGUAAAGAAGAAUUAAUAUUACGGCGACGAACAAACUUUCUGAUUUAAUGAAAAUUCAAUGAAAAUUCACGUGUGUUAUUGACUUAUCGAUAUUUUGCAUGACGAUGUAACUUGUGUUUUUGUUAUCCUACUAUUUUUGCGAAUCUGCUCGGUUUUCUCUAUUGUACAUAGAGAGGGAAACCUUUAUAUCUUUAUAUCUGUUAAACUAUAUUUAUAGGCAUUAUGCUCUUUGUUGGAAUAGUUAUAUAUCUAGUAUUGUAUAAGAACUGCACUGUACAAGAACUAUCAUCGACAAUACUUUUGUUGUCAUUUCGCAUGAUGAUGAAUUAACUUGUAUUUUUCUAGCAAUCAAACUUAUAGAUUUGCUACUUUAUGAGACUUUAAUGAGUUUUUGCCAAUCAUUUUCGAAUCUAAAAUAUAUAGCAUUUUAACCUGGCAAUUAUCGUGUGAUGGCGUGUAUCACAAAUCACUAAAUGUUAUCAAUUUUUUUUAAAUAACAUAUAUUUAUCACGUUUUCAGAUAUGUACGUUUUAUUAUUAUUUUUUUUUCAAUUAACCGACUGUAUACUAAUAAUGUGCAUAAAUGCGCAAUAAUAAUGGCAGAAAGAAAAAUAUGAUUUUUUAAGAAAGAUAUUGUGAAAGAAACAUACGAUUUUUAUACAUAUUCUCUCAUUCCUCGCUACACUACCGAUAUUUGCAAAACUCAAGAGAGCACGUCGCUGCUCAACUUACAUUUGAUUGUCAUGUGUACAUACUUUAAGAUACAUACAUAUCAUUAUAUUAUCUUUGCAAUAACACUCGCAAAUAUACUGAAAAUAACUCUUCAUAGAGUCAGAAGAUGUGUACGAAAGUGUUCUAGCUUCAAAGUGUGAAACGUCCAUUGCUUUAGCUGCCAAUAUUUAUUCGCUUAGAAGCUGCUUUUUGUUGAUUUUCUUUUUAUGCAAAGAUGAAAGAUUGAUGAACUAGACCAAGUGGUAACUUAAUAGUAUCUAUUUGUUGCAUCUUUAUUUAUUUUGUUAUCCUCUAUUAAUAAAUCGAUGAUAGUUUUAUUUAUCAUUUGAAGCCUGAGCUUCACAUGUCGAUCAUCGUUUUUAUAAUUGUUGAACGAAGGAAAAAAAAGGUCGAUGUUGAUAUUAUCUUUUAGCAAGGUAGAUAACAAUGAAGGCAGCGAGCUACGUUUGAUCCUCUUUUUCUGAAUAAGUUAAUCGUAAGAUCGUGGAAUACAUCUCUCUGGAUAUACAGAUUGUAAUUUAGAACUCUCUAAUCAUCGGCGAUCAAAGGAUAUUCUCUGUAUGAUACACUGAAGUUAUGAAACAAAUUAUAUUUAUAAUUAUUAACAAUGAAA